AUGUCCAAGCUCGAUCUCAGUGAUUCCAAAGUGAAACAGGCUCUUGAUGAUGUUACGAACUCCAAGCUCGUUUAUGCUCUCUUGAAACACGAAGGAGUCUCCAACAAGGUCAUUGUAGCAUCAACCGGAGAUGAUCUUCGUGAUAUGAUUGAUGACUUGAACGAUGGAACCAUCAUGUAUGCUUUGAUCCGUUUUGUAAUUAAUGACGCCACCAAGUUUGUUUAUGUGGGAUGGUGUCCAGAGGGUAUCGCCAACCAAAUCUUCAAAGGAAAAUUCCAAAACUGGAACAAGGACAUGGAAUUUUAUCUUAAAGGAAGAUAUCACUUGUCUAUCUAUGCUCGCAACGAAGAGGACAUUGAUGAACAAGCUUGGAUUAAAAAGUUGAAAAUUAGUGCUGGUUCUUCCUACACUCAAAGUUCCAAUGUGAAAGAUUUGACAGUUUCACAAGCAAAACAAAACAUUGCAUCUGCUAAAACUGAGGUCAAGAAAACUGAGGUGGGAAUCAAUGAUAAUGAAAGAAACAAAUUUUGGCAAGAGGAACAAGAACGUCUCAAGCAACAAGAACAAGACAAGAAAACCCCAGUAACAAGAAAUGAUUACAAGAAAACAGAAGAAAGAAACCAAUUUUGGCAACAACAACAAUCGUCCACUUCUUCUUCUGGUGUUGUGAAGAGUUCUGAUCGUGUAAAUGAAAUUCAACAAAUGAGAUCAUCUUCUAACAAUUACUGGAAGCAACAACAAGAAGAAAAACCGUCUCAAACAGAAACAAAACCAAAAGAAGUCAUUCGUGGUAAUAAGGAUUUAUUCAAAAAGUUUGAGAAUUUGAGUGUUCAACAGCAAGAAGAGCAACCAAAACCAAAACCACCAAUUUCAACAGGAGCCACCAAAAAACCACCCGUGUUCCAACCACCUCAACAACCACCAAGAUUCGACGAUGAAGAAGAAGAGGAACAACCUCAACAAUAUGAAGAAGAAUAUCAACCAUCCUAUGGCCAAAGUCAUGUUGAGUCCCAUGCUGAAGAAGAGGAACAACCUCAACAAUAUCAUCAUCAACAAGAGCAAUACUAUGAAGAGCCUCAACAGCCUCAAUAUGAGGAGGAACAACCUCAACAAUAUGAAGAGGAAGAGGCUUCACAGCCACCUUCAAGUUCUGGAUUUUCCAAGCCUGCCAAACCAAAAGGAUACAUGGAAAAGCAAAUUGAACAGGGACGUAUCUCACCCACAGAAGUCGAGGAACUCACCAAGCCAACUAAACUUCCACCUCCUCCAAUUCCAAGUAAACCAAAGAGACAAGAGUUGGUUGCCAUUUAUGAUUUUGAAGGCCAAGACGGAGAAGAACUCUCAUUCCUCGAAGGAGAAGUUCUCUAUUUGGUACAAGACGAAGGAGAAUGGUGGUUAGCUGAAAAUGCUGCUGGUCAACAAGGAUAUAUUCCUUCCAAUUACGUACAAAUGCAAUAA